UGGGACAACUUUAUGUUGUUGUGUUAUGUCUAUGGUUGUGUUUAUAUACACCGGCUGCAGUCUCGGAGGACGCGAUCGUAGUUCCUUUAAAACGUGUUCCUCGAUAAAAAAAAACGGACAGAAAGCAGUCCGGUGCGCAGGGGGAGGAUGUCUGUAGCAGCUCUGCGCUGGAUCCGCUGUCGGAGGCUUAGUACAGCUGGACCGCCUGGAGUAAAGAAAGUGCUCCAGUGGAAAGAUUUAAGGAAAGUUGCUAAAGUAACUGGUGCAGUUGUCUUGGGGGGCUGUCUUUUUAUUACCUAUGAGGUGUUAGCCUUGGAUAAGGCUGUGACCAUUGACACUAGUGCAAUUCUUCAGGAGAAGAACAAGUCAUACGUCUAUCUGAGGGCCACUCCUUCAGAUGAGAAAGACAACCUAACUGCAGGACUUACUCACAAAGCAAGGAGGGAACUUCAUAAAGCAGCAAGAAGGUUUGUGGAACUGUCCUCAAGGCUUUUUCUGCAAUCGCUUGAUGAGCACUUCAGUCAUGUGGAUGCAGACCCACACGAGGUGGCAUUAUGGGUCCUGUUGAAGAAGACACAGUCAGCCAAUAAAGCCGUCAGACUACAGGCUGUUCAGGAGCUUGCAGAUAAUCACCACUGGCAUGACUACCAGUACCAGACAGCAGCCCAGGUUAUAGACCAGCGGACAGCAGUGGGCUUGGCCCGGACACCUCAGGUAGACCUGCGGUUUUUCCGUCACCCACCUGCACUGCCUGACUUGGAGGAGGGUUUGUCGGCAGAGGAUGGACUGAGGCAGCUUUUGGCAUCUCUGCCUCAGUCGGAGGUGGACAAAUGUGUUCAGUACUUCACGUCACUGGCACUGAGAGAAAGCACUCAGUCCUUGGCAGCACAAAGGGGUGGUCUGUGGAGUUUUGGUGGCAAUGGGUUGCCUUAUGCCCAGAGCCUCACCUCUGUUCCUUCUGAGAAGGUGGAGUCCUUUUAUUUGCAGGCACUGGUACAGCACUCAAAGGUAAGGAGCCACUGUGACCACAUAGUUGCCAACGGGGGUCUACAGCUUCUCCAGAGAGUUUAUCAGCUCAGAAGAGACUCGAUGAAGAUUCAGAGAAACAUUGUUCGUAUCAUCGGAAAUUUGGCACUUAAUGAAGGUGCCCAUCAGGCCAUAGCCCAGUCCGGCUGGGUGUCUGUCCUGGCUGAGAUGAUGCAGUCCCCUCAUGUCAUGCAGGCGUCUCAUGCAGCUCGCGCUCUCGCCAACCUGGACAGGGAGACGGUAAAAGAGAAAUACCCAGAUGGCGUCUAUAUCCUGCACCCACAAACACGUGGCAAUGUUUUAAUUUCCAGUCAGCCAAUCAAAGCAGACGUGCUGUUCAUCCACGGGAUUCUAGGGGCAGCUUUUAAGACGUGGAGGCAAAAGGACCGCAAUACAUUAGAGGAAGAGAAGGAGGCUGAACGUGAAGAUGACUAUACAGAGUGCUGGCCAAAGGCAUGGUUGGCUGCUGACUGUCCAAAUCUGAGAGUGCUGUCGGUGGAGUAUGACAGUCAUCUCAGUGACUGGAUGGCCCAGUGUCCUGCUGAGAAUCAGAGAAAGUCUCUGGCCUACAGAAGUCAGGAGCUGCUAAAGAAGUUAAAGCUGGCGGGCAUUGGAGAAAGGCCUGUGGUCUGGGUAGCCCACAGUAUGGGAGGACUGCUUGUGAAGAAAAUGCUGCUGGAUGCCUCACAGGACCCAGAAAUGCAUGGGUUGUUACAGAACACCAAAGGCAUCAUGUUUUACAGUGUUCCUCACCACGGCACCUUCAUGGCAGAGUACUCUGUCAAUGUCAGAUAUCUUCUCUUUCCCUCUAUAGAGGUCAGAGAACUGUGUAAAGAUUCCCCAGCUCUGCACAGCCUGAAUGACAACUUCCUGAAUCUGGCCAAAGAAAAAGAUUUCAAGGUGCUCAGCUUUGCGGAGACGCUACCAACAAACAUCGGUCCCAUGAUCAAGAUACUUGUGGUACCAACACAGUCUGCAAAUCUCGGCAUCGGUGAGCUCAUCGAAGUGGAUGUGGAUCACCUAAACAUCUGCAAACCAGAGAAGAAGGACUCAUUUCUGUACAAACGCAGCCUCCAGUUCAUCCUGGAAGCUCUCCAGAGCUAUGUCACCCACUGACUGAAAUAUAGAAAAACGAGACACUGAGACCAUCUGGUGUAUAUUUGACAUGUGUACCACACUCCAAACCAAACAGAGACACGAUUGCCUCUCCCUGUUGCACAUUCACAUUAAGAACCACAAAUGUGAUGACAGUAUAACUAAAGAAAUUAUAUUUAAUGUACAUGUGGCUAUUUGUGGGAAACCGUUUGUUGUGUUAAGAUGCGUUUUUUUUUCUUGUCAUCCUCUGAGAUCGGUCUCUUAAUGGGACAUCAAGUAGUUUAAAGGAACACACCAGUGUUGUUUACAAGUAAAUUCAGCAAAUUAAAACUUACUCUAGAGCUCCCUUUAUUUUAUAUUACAGAUAAAUAUGGGACACGCAAUGCACAUUAUCUACCGUGUUUACUUUAAAAUGCACUGAUAUUUUAUUGCCACAUAUGCAGCCUGACUUUGGACAGCAGCAAAGGUUUAGGAUUUUAUUUUUAUAUGUAUUUUUCUUCCAACUGUCAUUGUUUGUGCCAAAACUUAUGCCUUACCUCAAAUGGACCUGAAUCAAUACCUUAGUUCAGAUUGCAGAUUCAGUUGAAUGGGACUAAUUGAGCAAAUUAAUUUUAAUCGCCGUGUGCUUGCGGGCCCCACUGCCACUAACAGUGCUGAAUGCUAGCAAUGAACUGAAUAAAUAUAUACAUUUUAA